GUCGUCGGGAGAGCCGAGAAAGUUACGACUGUUCCACUCCUCGCUAAGCUGAAGUGAGGCGAGCCGAUUAGGUUGGAUUCUCCGCAAGUGAACAUUUUGCUGACGUUGUGAGCGGCUAUCGAGCACAGUCAUGGAUAACUUCGGGCCAUCGAGCCAAACGCUGACUUUCUUCGACGAUGUCGCCGGAGAAAUCGCGGCCGAUACACAAGGCUCGCAGUUUGAUUUCACAGAUUUCACCGUGCCAAGUCAGAGUCAGCAAUCUCAGCUGGACUCGAAAUCACAGCUACUCGAUAUCCAGGAGGAAGAUUUGGUGAGAACCUGUGGAGCUUUGGCUGAGCUGAACUUCGAAGACGAACAAGAGGAUGCAGUCGAGCCUCGAGAAUUACCCCAACACGCCUGCAAGUACUGCGGUAUCCACGACCCUGGCUGUGUCAUGCAGUGCAACAUAUGCAAGAAGUGGUUCUGCAAUGGAAGAGGGAGCACUUCCGGAAGUCAUAUGGUCAACCAUUUGGUGAGAGCGAAGCAUCGCGAAGUUACGCUCCACCGAGACGGGCCGCUCGGCGAAACAGUGCUCGAAUGUUACACGUGUGGAUGUCGGAAUGUGUUUGUUUUAGGUUUCAUUCCAGCCAAAGCGGAUUCUGUGGUUGUGCUUCUAUGUCGACACCCUUGCGGGACUCAGGGUACCCUGAAGGACAUGAAUUGGGAUCCAGAACAGUGGAAACCUCUCAUUCAUGAUCGUAGUUUCCUCACAUGGCUGGUGAAAGCGCCGUCGGACGAUGAACAGCGAAGAGCUCGACAGAUAACUGCUCAGCAAAUGGGCAAGUUAGAGGAACUCUGGAAAGAGAACGUCGACGCGACCUUCCAGGACCUUGAGAGACCCGGUGUCGAUGAGGAGCCUCAACAGGUCCUACUCCGGUACGAAGACGGCUACCAGUAUCAAAACAUCUUCGGACCCCUGGUGAAGAUGGAAGCAGAUUACGACAAGAAGCUGAAAGAGAGCCAAACUCAGGAAGACAUAAGUGUUCGGUGGGACAUGGGUCUGAACAAGAAAGCAAUCGCGUACUUUGCCAUCGCGCGCAGCGAUACCGACAUGCGUCUGAUGCAUGGCGACGAGCUCCGACUCCGAUAUUUGGGAGAUUUGUUUCUCCCCACAGGCGAAUUGCACAAGCCAUGGACGGGGGUAGGGCACGUCAUCAAGAUCCCGGACAAUUACUCCGAGGAAGUUGGUAUCGAAAUGAAAACCAACGCCGGAAUACCCUCCGAAUGCACCCAUAAUUUCGUUGUGGACUUCGUGUGGAAAUCGACGUCCUUCGAUAGAAUGCAGGCCGCCCUCCGCAAAUUUGCUGUCGACGAGGCAUCUGUGUCCGCCUACAUCUACCACAGACUCCUCGGUCACGAUGUGGAGGACAUCGUCCUCCGCUGUCAGUUGCCCAAGCAGUUUUCUGCCCCGAACCUACCUGAGCUCAACAGAUCGCAAGUUUACGCUGUUCGACACGCGCUCCAGCGGCCCUUGUCCUUGAUCCAAGGUCCUCCUGGAACGGGAAAAACUGUGACCUCGGCCACAAUCGUCUAUCAAUUAGCUAAACAGGGUCACGGUCCGGUUCUGGUUUGCGCUCCGUCGAACAUCGCUGUCGAUCAGCUAACGGAGAAAAUUCAUCGCACAAGACUCAAAGUAGUCAGACUCUGUGCAAAGAGCAGAGAAGCCAUCAACUCCCCCGUCAGCUUCCUGGCACUCCACAACCAGGUCCGCAACAUGGAAGUCAACGCCAGCCAGCACAUAUCGGAGUUGAAAAAGCUACAACAGCUCAAGGACGAAACCGGAGAGCUUUCGUCGGCUGACGAGAAGAGAUACCGCAUUUUGAAACGCUUGUGUGAACGCGAGCUCCUCGAAGCGGCUGAUGUGAUAUGCUGCACAUGUGUGGGAGCCGGGGACCCCCGGAUUCUUCGUUUCAAGUUCCACUCGAUAUUGAUCGACGAGUGCAUGCAAGCCACCGAGCCCGAGUGCAUGGUUCCGGUGGUCCUCGGAGCGAAACAGCUGAUUUUAGUGGGCGACCAUUGCCAACUCGGUCCAGUGGUGAUGUGUAAAGGCGCCGCGCGAGCCGGCCUCUCUCAAUCAUUGUUCGAACGACUCGUGGUGUUGGGAAUCAGACCGCUCCGGCUAGAAGUGCAGUACCGAAUGCAUCCCUCGCUUUCGGAAUUUCCAUCUAACUUCUUCUACGAGGGCUCGCUACAGAAUGGAGUCUACGCCGAGGAACGUCGGCUCAAAGGCGUCGAUUUCCCAUUCCCUCAGCCGGAUAAGCCAAUGUUUUUCUACUGUUGCAACGGGCAAGAGGAAAUAGCUGCCAGUGGAACUUCGUAUCUGAACCGCACAGAAGCCGCACUAGUAGAGAAAAUUGUCACUCGUUUCCUGAAGAGCUCCGUCAAACCCGAGCAGAUCGGAGUCAUCACACCCUAUGAAGGACAGAGGGCCUUCCUUGUACAGUACAUGCAAUAUAGUGGUUCGUUGCACUCGAAGCUCUACCAGGACAUCGAGGUAGCGUCCGUGGACGCCUUCCAAGGUCGAGAGAAAGACCUGAUCAUCAUGUCGUGUGUGCGAUCCAAUGAGCACCAGGGCAUAGGUUUCCUGAACGAUCCGCGGCGUCUCAAUGUCGCUCUCACCCGAGCUCGAUACGGCAUUAUCAUUGUGGGCAACCCAAAAGUCCUGUCGAAACAGCCAUUGUGGAACCAUUUACUCGCGUUCUACAAAAACAACAGCGUCGUUGUCGAGGGUCCUUUGACCAAUCUCAGAGAAACGAUGUUGCACAUAACGCGGCCGAAGAAAAUGAUGAAUUCAGCGAAUCCGGGAUGUCAUUUCAUGAACACCGCCAUGUUCACCCGAGAUUCUUCGCAAUCGGGCUCCAAUUCGCUCGGUGGGCUCUUGGACCGUACUGGACCGGGGUCCCAUUACUCCGCACAACAGGCGCAGUGGAGGGCCGAAAAUGUUCUACCCUACGGGAGGGAUCCCAUGAGUUUCAUUUCAUCGGAACGCACGGCACCCUCAGCGUUCAACAUGUCGACCACGCUGCCCAUGUCGAUGUUCAUGACUCAUCUGGGCCAACACGGUCCGGGUCUGCCUCACGGGCCUGCAAGAUACUUUUCGAUGCCGUCGAUGCAGCAGACGGCCGCGCAGUCUAGAAUGAAAUCCACUAAAGGCGCUCGGGUCGCGACGAAGAAACCCGUCCGUGUCAAUUCGACUCCGAACUCGAACCAUAUGAUGUCCCAGCACGAUCAGCUGACGCAGAACUUCGGCCAAGACGCUAGUCUCUUCUCCCAGAACCCACUGACUCAGGGAGGCGACGGCAGCGUUCUCACCCAACCCCAGAACGAUGCGUCUCAGAUCGGCGAUACAGGACGAAGCCAAUUCUCGGUCGGCGACAACCUCAUGCUUUCACAGGAUCCUUACGGCACGAGCGGACUCGACUUCAAGUCCCAAGCGGACUGCGGGCUCCUCUCGCAAGACGGGUGGCCAUGCUCGUCGAACGACACGGCCACGCAGUCGCAGUUCUCCCAGCCGUACUGA